AUGCUCUCACACCCUCGCCUCGAACGUUCUUGCGUACUCGCUCUAGGCCUUGUUGCCUCGGUCAUCGCGGCUCCCUGUGACCUCUACUCUUCUGGAGGUACGCCUUGUAUCGCUGCACACAGUACCACUCGCGCUUUGUAUAGUGCAUAUUCCGGCUCGCUCUACCAAGUGAAACGUGGCUCCGACAAUACCACGACUAACAUCACUCCGCUCUCUGCCGGCGGAGUCGCUAAUGCAGCCGCACAAGAUACCUUCUGCGCCUCCACAACAUGUCUCAUUACAAUCAUUUACGACCAAUCCGGCAAGGGUAAUCACCUAACGCAAGCUCCUCCUGGGGGCUUCAGUGGCCCUGACCUCAAUGGCUACGACAACCUGGCCAGUGCGACUGGUGCACCUGUCACAUUGAACGGUCAAAAGGCCUAUGGUGUUUUUAUGUCGCCUGGCACUGGCUAUCGCAACGAUGCCGCCAGUGGGACUGCUACAGGAGAUGGAUCUGAGGGCAUGUACGCCGUGCUUGAUGGAACUCACUACAACGGUGCCUGUUGCUACGAUUACGGCAAUGCAGAGGUCAGUAAUAAAGAUACGGGCAACGGUCACAUGGAAGCCAUCUACUUUGGUACAAGCACUUCCUGGGGAACUGGAGCUGGCAGUGGCCCUUGGAUUAUGGCCGAUAUGGAGAACGGCCUGUUCUCUGGCGAGAGCGUCACUAACAACGCUGCUGACCUUUCGAUCACCUCUCGGUUCGUCACUGCAAUUAUCAAAGGAGAACCAAAUCAAUGGGCCAUCCGUGCAGGCAACUCUGCAUCCGGUGCCUUGUCGACUUACUACAGCGGUGUACGUCCAGCUGCGUCUGGGUAUAACCCGAUGAGCAAAGAGGGCGCCAUUAUUCUCGGCAUUGGUGGUGACAACAGCAACGGCGCACAAGGUACAUUCUACGAGGGAGUAAUGACCUCUGGCUACCCAUCCGACGCUACCGAGAACUCGGUACAAGCCAACAUUGUAGCUGCCGGAUACGCUACCACUUCCCUAACCAGCGGUCCAGCCCUUACCGUCGGCUCAUCGAUCUCCUUCCACGUCACUACACCGGGUUACACGACACGGUAUAUCGCCCACACCGGCACUACCGUUAAUACCCAGGUCGUCAAUUCGUCCAGCACCACUGCUCUCCAACAACAAGCGAGCUGGAUCGUUGUCGCGGGUCUUGCUAAUAGUGCCUGCUACUCUUUCGAGUCCGUGGACACUGCCGGCAGCUACAUCAGACACUACAACUUUGCGCUCUUACUCAACACCAAUGAUGGCACGAAGCAGUUCCAUGAAGAUGCUACAUUCUGCCCAAUAGCCGGUCUCAGUGGUGAAGGCAACUCGAUUCGAUCUUGGAGUUAUCCUACUCGCUAUUUCCGCCACUAUGCCAAUGUGGGGUAUGCUGCGAGUAAUGGUGGGGUUCAGACUUUUGAUGCACCCGCCUCGUUCAACAAUGAUGUGACCUUCCUUGUCGUUGAUGGGUUUGCCUAA